UAUGGAGACUAUGAGGGGGAAUCCCAGGUACAACGCAUUAUACCUGUCUUUCCAACAUUCGUGUUUAUUAUCAUUACAUUGGGGCGAAAUACCAAGCAUGCAUCAUUCAAGUGAAGACCAAGACGCAGCGCGAUACGUAGAUGGAAUGGCACAUGAGCGGGCCGUCUUUGAGGCUUCUUUUGGUCAGUGCCAUGUCAAUAAAUAUAACGUGAUUGACAAUGGCACCAAGCAAAUUAAUUCAAUGAUGUCAAUGUUAAAAGAUAUUGCAAUUCCCCACGUGAAUUCAGAAUUUGACACAAAAGUCUUUGACAUCCAGUCUGCAAAAUCAAAUAUUAUAUUGUCGGAAACGUUAUAUAAAGAGAAGAUGGUAUAUAUCAUAACGCGAAGUCCGCUCUGCCAAAGUCCCUACGGAAUACGUCGAGCAGAAACACGUAGAUCAUGAUUUUUGAGAUCUUGAACUUGUAGUGAUUGCAACUGAGACCAGAAAAUAAUUUUAGCACCCACCACCGAUUAAUAUAAACGGACAGUUGCAAACCUUCCCGCCAAAACAACUUAUUGUUUAAUAAUCACCGUACCUGUGUUUAAAAAUUGUGGUUAAAAAAAGUGCCACGCUGUAGUUUGUGAUCGGUCAGAUUCAUAAGAACUUAAGGCAUUCUUAUCUAGAUAGUUAACUGUUUCAAAAAUCAUUUAAAACUCUAGGGAGAAAAAAAAAGGCGAUUAAUGGUUUUCGUUUUGAUAAACUUAAAUAACUGAAAGUCGUAAUAGUAAUAAAGAAUAUUUUUCGGAAUGCCAUGUUUGGUAAGGCUUCGUAGAGCUUAGGAACCGCAAAGAAGAAGAGAAGAGAAGACAGGAUGGUUGCUGUUAUAAUUGAUGGAUUUGAU